CGGCGCCAUUGGUGCGGGUGAGGUGUGAGGAGCUGGGGGCGGGGACGUGGAGCUGCGGCCUGGAGCUGAGUGAGCGCCCCGCGGUUACAGGGUGCGACGGCGAUGGGCGCCGAGACGGAACAGCCGGGAGAGGCGGCGGGCUGUGCCGGCCGCAGGGUGUACCUGGACCACAACGCCACCACCCCGCUGGCCCCCGAGGCCGCCCGGGCCAUGGACGAGGCGGCUCGUCAGGCCUGGGGCAACCCCAGCAGCUCCCACCCUGCAGGAAAGAAGGCCAAGGAGCUCAUCGAGAGCGCCCGGGAGAGCCUGGCGAGGCUGGUGGGGGGCCGGCCCGAGGACAUCGUCUUCACUUCGGGGGGCACGGAGGCUAACAACAUGGUCAUCCAUACGGCCCUCAGGUACUUCCGAGAGAGCCAGGGCCAGGCCGUGCCACACAUCGUGACAUCAAACGUGGAACACGACUCCAUCCGCCUGCCACUGGAGCAGCUGGUGAAGGAGUGCCUGGCAGAGGCCACCUUUGUGCCUGUGUCCCCACGAAGCGGGCGGGCCGAGGUAGAUGAUGUUCUCUCUGCAGUGCGGCCGACCACCUGCCUAGUUACCAUCAUGUUGGCCAAUAAUGAGACAGGGGUCAUCAUGCCUGUUGCAGAGCUGAGCCAGCAUAUCCGUGCCCUCAACCAGAGGAGAGCGGUGGAGGGGCUGCCCAGGAUCCUGGUGCACACAGAUGCAGCACAGAUGAUUGGCAAGGGACGUGUGGACGUGCAGGAGCUUGGAGUGGAUUACCUCACUGUUGUAGGGCACAAGUUCUAUGGCCCACGGAUUGGCUCACUGUACGUGCGUGGUCCUGGCACCACCACCCCACUGCACCCCAUGUUCUUUGGAGGUGGGCAAGAGAGGAAUUUCCGCCCAGGCACUGAGAACACGCCAAUGAUUGCUGGCCUUGGCAAGGCCGCAGAGUUGGUGAGCAGGAACUGGGAGGCCUAUGAAGCCCACAUGCGGGAUGUUCGGGACUACCUGGAGGCCAGGCUAGAGGCAUCCUUUGGGAAGCUGAGGAUCCACUUCAACAGCCAGUUUACAGGCUCCAAGCGACUCUGCAAUACCUGCAAUGUCUCCAUCUUGGGCUCAGGCCUUCAAGGGCGCAGGGUGCUGUCAAACUGUAAGACCCUUCUCGCCAGUGUCGGGGCUGCCUGCCACUCUGAGAAAGGAGAUCGGCCCUCCUCGAUUCUGCUCAGCUGUGGGAUCCCCUGCGACAUAGCACAGAACGCCUUGAGGCUGAGUGUGGGACGAGACACCACCCGUGCAGAUGUGGACCUGGUUGUGCAGGACCUCAUGCAGGCUGUGGCACAGCUUGGCAAGGACCAAGCCUCAUAGGCCCCAGGAAUCACUCCUUGCCCAUCACCCAUGUUCUCGGGUAUAACAGGCGUGGAAGCCAUAGGAGCUGAAGGCUUUUGCACUGGUUGCUUUCCACAAAGGAAGCUUUCCUGCUGUCUGAUCACUGAGAGGAAGAAAGACCAUCUGUCCCAAGGAGAAAUGAGUUUAUAGCGACACAGCAAGAGGCUGGGCUGGGCCUUGUGCUGCUCCUGUCAGAGCUCUAAGGCACAAAAGUGUUUUCUGGCUGGGAAAGUGUUGGGUACAGCUUUCCCAGCACUGUAUUGCCUUACUUGCUCCCUGUCCUUCCCACAGUGGGCAGAGCUCCUGUUGCUGGCUCCAUGUGCUCUGAAAAGAAAUGGCUGUUGCAGGUGCCCCAGUGUGUGUCAGUGCCCGAGGAAACGUGUCACCCCUGUGUGGCCAAGGAAGUUGUUGCUGAUCACUGACAUUAGGAAGACACGGGUGUCACUUGAAUUGGGAGCAUUGUACCCAGCCUGACUGAUUUCAAGGAAUCUGGUCUUUUGAUAUUCAUAGGAAUAAAAAUGAUUGCCAUUGCUGUGGCAUUUUCCCAUGAAAAA